GGAGGGUUAAGCUGAUGAGGUGCCAGCAGGUGUAACUGGAGGAAUUCCGUGCUGCUGUCAGUGAGAGUUCGGUUCUGCCCCAGUCGGUGCCGCUGCCCCAGGCUCAGCCAUGAGUUUGUACAAUAACCGUUACGGGAGCCCAAGGAGCUUCAGCAGCCGGUCCCAUGGCUCCCUAUCGGGCCGGCCCUCCGUCUACCGGAUCAGUACCGGCUUCCAGCCCGCCAUGCAGAGAUCCAGCAGUAACCUGAACCUGUCCCGGCUGCCCCCCAGCUCCUCCAGCGCCUUCCUGCUCUCAUCGCUCCCCAACAUGGAGGUGGACCCCCAAAUGCAGCAGCUGCGGAACCAGGAGAAGGAGCAGAUCAAGGGGCUCAACAACCAGUUUGUAAACUUCAUAGACAAGGUGCGGGACCUGGAGAAGCAGAACAAGAUUCUGGAGACCCAACUCGCCCUUCUGAAGGAAAAAGACGCCUACAAGUCCAACAUUGACCAGAUCACCCAGGUAUCGGCCAAUCGGCUGAAGCAGCAGAUCGACGCGCUCCUGCACGAGAAGGAGAAGCUGCAGAUGGAGCUGCACAACAUGCAGGGGCUGGUGGAGGAGCUGAAGAACAGGUACGAGGACGACAUUAACCGGCGGAACCAGAUAGAGAACGACUUUGUUCUGACCAAGAAGGACCUGGAUGACGCUUAUCUGCACAAGGUGGACAACGAAUCCAAACUGGAUACCCUGACUGAUGAGAUUCAGUAUCUUAAGCAGCUGUAUGAUGAGGAGCUGAAGGAGCUGGAACACCAGGUACAGAAUGCCAAGGUCACCGUAGCAAUGGACAACAGCCGGGACCUUGAGAUGAAGCACAUCAUGGAUGAGGUGAAGGCUCAGUACCAAGCAAUGGCCCAGAAGAGCCAACAGGAGGCUGAAUACUGGUACAACUGCAAGAUUGAAGACAUGGAGAAUCAGGUGAAACGAAACAAUGAAGAGCUGAAGGCUCUGAAGAACGAGGUCAACGACUUGAACCGGAUGAUUCAGAGAGCUAACAGCGAAAAUGAGGCCCUGAAAAACCAGCGUGCCAACCUGGAGAGCGCCAUAUCUAUGGCAGAGGAGCACGGGGAGGACGCCGUUCGUAAUGCCAAAUCUCAUAUCCGCGACCUGGAGGAGGCCCUAAAGCGGGCAAAGCAGGACAUGGCCCUCAAGGUGCGCGAAUACCAGGAACUGAUGAACAUCAAGUUGGCCUUGGACAUUGAGAUUGCCACGUACAGGAAACUGCUGGAGGGGGAGGAGACCAGGAUGCAUGGCCAAAAACCAAAUCUUCAAGCAAAUGCCAUAGACAAACUGGCACCCUGAACUUUGAUGUCAAAUCCACCCCCCCGGUCAAGGCAGCGCCCAAUCCGAAGAAAGUGCUUCUUGUCAAGACGAUCGAAACAGCCAAUGGCAAGCAAGUGACCGAGGGCACUGAGUACUCUGUGCAAUAAGCCAUGAUCCCUGUUACUACUACUAUUUUAUUUUUUUUAUUUAGAGAAGAUGUAGCCCAGUGGGUCGGAGUCUGGUGCAAAGGAUAAGUAAACCUCGGCAUCAUUAGCUCCAUCAAAAAAACAAACUGCUCCCAGCAGUCUCUGUCAUACAUCCUUCCCUUGGCUGCUCUCCUCCCAGUGUCCACUCAAGGGGCGGGGCUUUGUCCUGACAGACAGAUCAGCUGUAGUUUGCUCUGAUUGGUGUGAAACCAGGCCAAAAGCAGUUUACUAAGCUUUCAGCACUAGAGGGCGCUGCUGAUCCAUUUACACUGCCAUCCCUGGCUCAUAGAGAGCAAUGCUAUGGGGAAACAUGGGGGCUGCAGGUUGGCUGGGGACCCCCAUUUAUUAUACAGCGCUGCAGAACCUGUUGGAUCAGUACAUCAGAACUAUUACAAGGAACUGCCAUGCUAUAUGGGAAGGUUGGACACAUUGCGACUUAUUCAUACCGGUGCUUGUCAGGCAGAAUCUGCAUUAAAUAUAUAAAAAUGUGCA